CCCGGAGAGGUUUGAAUCCAGUCUGUAGCCCUGGCCGCCAUGCUGAGCUGAGAGAGAGCGAACCAACCAAACUUUCACGCUGCUGCUGCUCCGACGUUCAUCUUCGUACGCACCAGGACAAAAAAAAAGGAACACGUACUUCCCCACGACCGGUGUUGUGAGAUUUGCCCUGAGCCUCUCCAUAGACCAUUUCCAACCGUGUGAAGAAAAGUGAAAAGGAAUUUUAAUGAAUCAGUAUUCGCUAGCCGACGCCAUGACGGACAACAUGAGGAUUUUAUAAUUCUCUCCAGAGGAAGAGCGUCGCAUCUUGUAAGGAGCCACAGAGGAAACUUCACAGUUCCGAAGUUAUCAGAGUCUAAUAUGGGAUUUGGUGUGUUGGGAGUGUUUCUGGGGCUGCUCCUAGAGGUCUCCACCCAUGGACCCCACGCUGUGCCUCGAACCUCUUGGAGACACCAAGAUUUAGAUCUGAUGGAGUUUUCAGAGCCUGCGAUCUUCAACUACUCCACGCUGUUGCUGAGUGAGGAUAGGGAUGCGCUGUAUGUGGGAGCCAGGGAGGCCAUCUUUGAACUCAGCAAGAAGAACGUGACGGUCAAACACAACAAGGUUCAGUGGACAGUUGCAGAAAAUCACAUGUUGAUGUGCACUCAAAAAGGAAAAUCAAGAGAGAGGGAUUGUCUAAACUACAUUCGAGUGCUCCAAGUCGUAGACGACAAGCAGCUGUAUGUCUGCGGCACGCACGCCUUUCAACCUCAGUGUGACCACUUGAACCUCGCUGACUUUUCGUUGGGUGGUCGGCCUGAAGAUGGCCGGGGAAAGUGCUCUUUUGACCCGUCACAAAGCUUUACUACCGUCAUGGUUGAUGGAGAGCUGUACUCGGGGACAGCUUAUAACUUCUUAGGCAGUGAACCGAUUAUAUCCAGGUACUCUCCAUCCCAGUCCCUGCUGAGGACAGAGUACUCCACAUCAUGGCUCAAUGAGCCCAGUUUUGUAUUUGCUGAUGUGAUUAGUGAAGGGAGUAACAGAGUAGAUGGCGAGGACGAUAAAAUCUACUACUUCUUCACCGAGGUGUCAGUGGAGUAUGAAUUCUUUGGCAAGCUGCUCAUCCCCCGAGUGGCACGCGUCUGUAAGGGCGACCUCGGGGGGCAGCGCACUCUGCAGAAGAAAUGGACGUCUUUCCUGAAAGCCAAGCUGGUGUGCUCCAUGCCUGAGCUCAACUUUGUUUUCAAUGUAGUACAUGAUGUCUUCAUCCUGAAGGGGGCAAACUGGAGGGACACAGUCAUCUACGGGGUCUUCACCUCCCAGUGGGGUAACGUGGGCUUGUCAGCAGUGUGCGCUUACAACAUGACAGCCGUGGAAGAAGUCUUUUCCAAGGGCAAGUACAUGCAGAAGGCCACAGUGGAGCAGUCCCACACCAAGUGGGUCCGGUACAACGGCAUCACUCCUUCUCCACGUCCUGGAGCAUGUAUUAACAACCAAAUGCGACGGCAGAACAUCAGCAGCUCUCUCCACCUGCCAGACAAGACCCUUCAGUUUGUCAAGGACCACCCCCUGCUAGAGGACCCCGUCCUGCCCAUCGGCAACAGGCCUCGCCUCAUCACCAAAGAUGUCAACUACACUCAGAUCGUUGUGGAGAGGGUCCGUGCACUCGAUGGAAACAUUUACGACGUCAUCUUCACUGGAACAGAUAAGGGAGUCGUGCACAAGUCAGUGGUGUAUGAAGGAGAAGUGCACAUUGUGGAGGAGAUCCAGCUCCUGAAGAACUCUGAGUCCAUCAAGAACCUGCUGCUGUCCUCUGAGACACGAUCCCUGUAUGCUGGUUCAGACUCGGGUGUAGUCCAAUCACCCACAGCCUUCUGUGGCCGGUAUAUGUCCUGCGAGGACUGUGUCCUGGCUCGAGACCCAUACUGUGCGUGGGACCUUCACACUGCCUGUGUCAAUAUCUUUGAUGCCCCCAGCCAACGGCUUAGGAAGCUAAUCCAGAGCCUGAAUGGUGACGCAGACAAGUGUCCUUCAGUAGCGUCAGGCCGGUCUCUGAAGGACUACCAGCGUGUGACAGUGAAACUAGGGAGCUCUGCUGAGCUGCCGUGCCUGGUACGCUCCAACCUAGCCCAGGUGUUGUGGAAAUCCAACGGCUCGGUGCUCACCGAGGCCUCACGCUUCCACCUUGUAGGCGAAAACGGCCUCCUUAUUUACAGCGUUGCUCCAGAGGAUCAAGGUCACUAUGAGUGCUGGUCAGUGGAAUGGGCCCCCGCUGCUGGGAAGAACUUUAGCCGGCUCCUGGCUGGAUAUGUCCUCACUCUGGACCUCCCGCCCAGAGCCCCGCACCAGGCAGGCCACGUGACCACCCUCGGCAGCCAGGAGAAAUCUAGCACACAUGCAGCUGAAGGUAAUGGUAAGACAGACCGAGUCCUACUAACGUCGGCCCUUGCCCCUCCCAGCUUCACAGCCACAGUCCAGUUCACCUCUCCACCCCAAACUGACUCAUCACUAACUCCGCCGCCCAGCAGCACAAUCAAGUUCCUAUCAAAGCAGCGUCUUCCCCUGAGCUCCAACGCUCCGCGUCCCGACAGCCAGGACCCAGCGGCAGAGUAUUUGCAGCACAGCAACAGCAUUGCCCUCCUCUUCCUCUUCCUCCUGUUUUUCCUCCUCUUCCUGACCGCGUUGGCAUACAACUGCUACAUGCAGUAUCUUCCAGCUCCCUGUCUGCGGCUGCGAGCUGCUCUCUUGGGCAGUCACAAGAGCGCCGAUCAGACGGAGUAUCGGGCCUGUGAGGAAGGUCUAAUGAUGGAGGCAUCUGCACCUGAAAAAAAUAACAUGAAGGAGCAGCCGACGCAGAACGGCAGCCAAACAACUCAAAAUCUCCGGGCUCUCCGUGACACCGGGUAUGAGACUGAGCCGGAGUGUGGCAACGGUCAAAUCCCCUCCCACACUUUUGGAGACGACAGCCUGUCCCAGGAGAAACCCUUUGAUGUGGAAUGUGAAUCUCAGCCCAUCCAGUUUGCAGAUGCAGAUUAACCUUACUGCUAGCCAGAAGCUUUCGUUUCUCUCAGCAUAGAGACUAUUUUAUAGGGGAUCAACACUCAUGCUGCAUCUUCCCACAACUUAUAAGUCAAAAUGGUUUCCUCCUAUCUAAAAAGUAUGUUCAGUGUACAGUAUCACACAAUGUUUAAUCAUCACAAGGCUUAAGCCAGGCGUUUUUUCGUAGAGAUUUAACUCCUGAUGUAGGGCUUAUGAUGAUAAGGCAAGAACUGUAUUCACAGAAGCUGCACUCUCUCAGCUUAGUCCAGCAAGAAAAGCUAUUUCUUAAAUUCCAAAUUGGAAACAUUGUUUACCAAAUUGGUAAGUUACCCUGGUGUUUUCCAAAUUGGAGUCGUGUUUUGUAAAGCCUGGGUGAAAUAUAAUCUCUUGAAGCUUUUGCAUCUUUUUUUUUCUUCUCUCAAAGUAACGUGUCGGCUGUUGGACUUGGGUAAAUGCUUCAACAUUACAGUAAUUUCUCAGGGAAGAUUUGCUCAGUACGUUAAAGCCUAGCUUUGUUGUACAGUGUUGCCAUCUGCAGCACCUGGUAUGUGGGACUUAAUCUCACCCAGUGAUGGUCAGAAAAAAAACUGCAAGUGGCGACUUGCAUGAUAGAAAAGUGCUGGAAUAAAUCAAACCGUUGUCUUCUAGUGACAA